AUGGUGUUGAUCUUACUCCAGUUUGGCAUUAUUCUCGCCUUUCUUCAACCGAUUAAUGCCGAGUUUAGUAAGCAUUUCAACAGUUGGCUGAGCGAGCACUUUGGGGAGGAUGUGCGACGGCAUUUGGAAAGGUACGGUAGUAAUUGAUGCGAGGAAGAGGAGUUGUGACAAUAAUAUCACGUGUCCCGAGCGCGGUCGAACUGAAGGGAUGGUGAAUAUGGGUUAAAACUAUUAUGAGUACUAUAUAAUACUAUAUAGUAAAAAAAUGAUUUAACUAAAAGUUAGAAAGAUUUGCUAUAUAAAAUAUAAUUUUAGAUUAGAUUUGGGUCCUGGAGGCUCAUUUGGCGGUAAAAGAGAUGAUAAACAUCGUGUUACUAAACAACCAAUCAUAUUUGUUCAUGGUGUCUCUAACACGGCCGGUGAUAUGAUGCUACGGGCUGCUACACAUUUUCGGUAAAUGUUUAUUUUGUCUACUACGAUAUUAUUUUUAAAGCAUUUUUAUUUGUGAGUUAAGAAUAUCAUAAAUAUCAUAAAGCAACCCAUAAAGUAUCGAAAAAUAUCAAGUUAUUAUAUAUUGUUUUUCAGUAAGCACUACAACUACACAAACGCCGAAGUAUAUGGUACAACUUACGCCAACGGAAACCAAGGUAAUCCUUUACAAUGGGCUCAGUACCAAAUGGAAUGUCAUUACGUUAAGCUAGUACGAGCUUUGAUAGUGGCAGUACGUCUAUAUACAGGUCGUGCUGUGGAUGUGGUAGGAUACUCGUUGGGAGUACCAGUAUCUCGAAAAGCCAUCCUAGGAGGACGGUGUGUUGAUACUGGUGAAGAUCUUGGUGCACCGUUGACCAAAUUCAUUGAUACCUAUGUUGGUGUAGCUGGCCCUAACCAUGGUAUUGCUCUACAAGUUGGAGGUAUUCAAGUACCUGGAUGUGUGUUCAGUGUUGUGCCAAUUUGCAACACUCGUACUGGGUUGUACUCCGGCUUUUGCCCUGCUGAAUCUGACUUUCUUCAAGAUAUUAAUAGACCGGCUGGCUAUGAAGGGCAGCAUAGAUUCUCGGUUUACAGUACGGCUGAUCAAAUUGUUGGUCAUACUGUUUGUGGGAGGGUAGGUUGUUCGUUUUGUAGUGUGUUAUGUUAAAAUUAGUUCCUGGGGGCUAUAUAAAUAAAAAUUUGCAUAAGUACAAAGACUUGUUUUUAUGAUUUUCGGGGUCUGGCGGUUCUUUUUGGCCUAAAGAGGGUAGAAAGUUAAAAGAAUUUUGGCUAGUUGAAUUUUUUUUGAAAUUUAACAGGAGGAACAUGUUGAACAUUUAAAAAAAUUUUGAAUGUUUUUUCUUGUAAUUUCUUUUUUUUUAUUUUCUGCCCCUGCUAAGCAUUUAAAAAUUAUUUUUAUACUGUAGCACCUUAUGCUUUGCUAGCUACAAUAACAUUUUCUAAAAAAGAUUUCAGCUGAAAACAGUAAUAUGAACCCCUUUACUUUCUCCUCCUUUAUCACUCUGAUGCAAAACUUUUGUUUUUUGUAAACACGAUCAAAGUGUAACCAAAGUUACGGUGUUUUUGCAGAUGACAAGCCAAGUUCCAAUGCAACAUGGGGAGAAGGUAUUUGGCGAUAAAAACCACGAUAACACGUUCUACGACUCCUUCCCUUACUUGUACAAGAUGACCAAUCAGCAUGUUGUUGAGUAG